CAGGGGACUGCGAGCUGGGCCGGCGGAGCAGAGGGUGCGGAAGCCAGAGCAUCCAAGUAGGCUGGCUGGCAGCUGCAAGCGGGACAAGAAGACAUUCCCAACUCAGGGAGACUGAGCUACGGCUCACUUGCUGUACAGAAUGAUAUUCCUCACGGCACUGUCCCUGUUUUGGAUUAUGAUUUCAGCCUCUCGAGGGGGUCACUGGGGUGCCUGGAUGCCCUCGUCGAUCUCAGCAUUUGAGGGCACAUGCGUCUCCAUCCCCUGCCGCUUUGACUUCCCCGAUGAGCUGCGGCCGGCUGUCGUGCAUGGUGUCUGGUACUUCAACAGCCCCUACCCCAAGAACUACCCUCCAGUGGUCUUCAAGUCACGCACACAAGUCGUCCAUGAGAGCUUCCAGGGCCGUAGCCGCCUCCUGGGGGACCUGGGACUGCGCAACUGCACUCUCCUGCUCAGCAACGUCAGCCCCGAGCUGGGUGGCAAGUACUACUUCCGUGGAGACCUGGGUGGCUACAACCAGUACACCUUCUCAGAGCACAGCAUCCUGGACAUCAUCAACACCCCCAACAUCGUGGUUCCCCCGGAGGUGGUGGCGGGCACAGAAGUGGAGGUCAGCUGCAUGGUGCCGGACAACUGCCCAGAGCUGCACCCAGAGCUCAGCUGGCUGGGCCACGAGGGGCUGGGGGCGCCGGCCGUGCUGGGCCGGCUGCGCGAGGACGAGGGGACCUGGGUGCAGGUGUCUCUGCUACACUUCGUGCCCUCUCGGGAGGCCAACGGCCACCGGCUGGGCUGCCAGGCCUCCUUCCCCAACAGCACCCUGCAGUUCGAGGGCUAUGCCAGCCUGGACGUCAAGUACCCCCCGGUGAUUGUGGAGAUGAACUCCUCGGUGGAGGCCAUCGAGGGCUCCCACGUCAGCCUGCUCUGUGGGGCUGACAGCAACCCGCCGCCGCUGCUGACCUGGAUGCGGGACGGGACGGUGCUCCGGGAGGCCGUGGCCGGGAGCCUGUACCUGGAGCUGGAAGAGGUGACCCCCGGGGAGGACGGCGUCUACGCCUGUCUGGCAGAGAACGCCUACGGCCAGGACAACCGCACCGUGGGGCUCAGCGUCAUGUAUGCACCCUGGAAGCCGACGGUGAAUGGGACAGUGGUAGCUGUGGAGGGGGAGACGGUUUCCAUCUUGUGCUCCACACAGAGCAACCCGGACCCUAUUCUCACCAUCUUCAAGGAGAAGCAGAUCCUGGCCACAGUCAUCUACGAGAGUGAGCUUCAGCUGGAGCUGCCAGCAGUCACGCCUGAGGAUGACGGGGAGUACUGGUGCGUGGCUGAGAACCAGUACGGCCAGCGGGCCACUGCCUUCAACCUGUCCGUGGAGUUCGCCCCUGUCAUCCUCCUGGAGUCGCACUGUGCAGCGGCCCGUGACAUGGUGCAGUGCCUGUGUGUGGUGAAAUCCAACCCGGAGCCAUCUGUGGCCUUCGAGCUGCCGUCGCGCAAUGUGACUGUGAACGAGACCGAGCGGGAGUUUGUGUACUCAGAGCGCAGUGGCCUCCUGCUCACCAACAUUCUCACGCUGCGGGGGCAGGCCCAGGCCCCACCCCAGGUCAUCUGUCUGGCGAGGAACCUCUAUGGCACCAAGAGCCUGGAGCUGCCCUUCCAGGGAGCCCCAGCCCUGAGGGCGCCUGGGUCUUCUCCGUCCUCAGACCGACUGAUGUGGGCCAAGAUCGGGCCGGUAGGAGCUGUGGUUGCCUUUGCCAUCCUAAUUGCCAUCGUCUGCUACAUUACCCAGACACGCAGAAAAAAGAACGUGACAGAGAGCCCCAGCUUCUCCGCAGGGGACAACCCCCCCGUCUUGUUCAGCAGUGACUUCCGCAUCUCUGGGGCGCCGGAGAAGUACGAGAGAGAGAGGCGCUUGGGAUCUGAGAGGAGGCUGCUGGGCCUGCGGGGGGAGCCCCCAGAGCUGGACCUGAGCUAUUCCCACUCGGACCUGGGAAAACGACCCACCAAGGACAGCUACACCCUGACGGAGGAGCUGGCUGAAUAUGCUGAAAUCCGCGUCAAGUGAAGGGGCUGGGGGCAGCCCAUGUGGACGACCCCCGCCCCUGGGACCCUUGUGGGCCCCCACUGGCUGUGGGCUCCCUUCCUCCCCAAAGUAGCCGGGGUUGGGGCAGCAAGUGGAUGAGGCACGUGACAGUGAGGUCCUGGGGGCCUGGCCUCCCCCUCCUUCUCAGCUGCUCCCUCCCUGCAGCACCCCCAUUCCCACAUUACAACUCCCCUCUAACCUCCUUUAACCUCAUCUGUCUGGAGGGGAGCUCUGUCUGUCCGUGUUAUUUAUUGCUACCCCCUGCCUUGUCUCCCCACCCUCCACCUGCCCAUCCCCCACCUGGCCCCAGGACCUAUACAAAAGGGACAUGAAAUAAAUGUCUCAAAGCCAAA